GCUGGUAAUAAUUAUAUCAUAUUGCAGAGGUCUUGUAUAUAGCACUGGUUGUUCUGGUAAAUUAGAUCUUCCCUAACAUGUCUUCUCGGCCUCGUGUCGUAGUUAUUGGCGGUGGAAUCGCUGGUCUUAGCGCCGCUUUAAAUCUACAAAACUCCAAGGAAGUAGAUGUUACGAUACUAGAAGCAAGUUCACGAAUCGGAGGGAGAAUUCACACGUCAACGAUAAAUAACGAAGUCGUAGAGCUUGGUGCGGGAUGGAUUCAUGAUAGUACUUCUAACCCCUUGUAUGAUGCUGCCAGAGAGAUAAACGUUGUUUUAUCGAAAGGGUUUAAUUGUGACGCAUCUGAGUUUGGCUCUGUGACCUUUUACACGCUCGGUCAGGCAAAUGAACUGCCGACGAAAUUAGCAAAUGAAGUUUACGAAGCAUAUGAGAAGAUUUACGAUGACUGCAAAACGACAGCCAGCGAACUCAACGAGAGUCUGGGAUUAGGAAUCUACUAUGGGAACAAAUUUGAACAUUAUCUCGAGAAUAACGCUGAACAUAGCUCUCUAAAGAGAAGUUUAUUUGAGUGGAUUAUGAGAAAUGAAUGCCAUUCUUCUGGCGUGAAAUCGCUUGAAAAUGUUGAUAUCAAAAGCUCCCCUGAGUAUUCUGUUGACGAGAAAGAUAGCUUCACUCUUCCCCAUGGCUACAACAAGCUUCUAGAGCGCAUAUUUGAGGAUUUAGAUGAAGAAACUGUGCGUUUCAAUCACGAAGUUGUGUCGAUUAAAUGGAAGCCCAAAGCGGAAGAAACUUCAUCGAGUGUUGUGUCAAUCACGUGUAGCAAUGGUGAAAUCUUCACUGCCGAACACGUGAUCGUUACAUUGCCUCUCGGGGUGCUAAAGUCAAGGCACGAGGUCAUUUUUAACCCUCCCCUACCCCAGAUUAAGAAAGAUGCCAUAAAUCGACUAGGGUAUGGUACCAUAAAUCGUAUAUAUCUUGUAUUUGAGAAGGCUUUUUGGUCGAAUGAAAUCAAGGGAAUGGGCCUUUUGUGGACAAACUUAGACUCUAAUAAUUGGCCAAGCUGGGUGAAAGAGCUGUACAUCUUUUAUCCAACACAUAAGGGAUCCAAUGUUCUUGUGACUUGGCUUUCAGGAGAAGCUGCUAUUCAGAUUGAAUCAAUCUCCGACCAGGAAAUUGCUCAUGAAUGUACCAGGGUGUUAAAGGCAUUUACAGGUCUCAAAGAAAUCCCUGGGAUAAAAGAAGUCAUGAAAACAAAGUGGCACUCCAAUAAGCUGAGCAGAGGAAGUUACACUUACAUUCCAAGAUAUUCUGGUGGGGCUGACAUAGAUAUCCUAGCUUCCCCCCUGCCUCAUCUUGAGGGUGAGGCUCAGGGUAACGUCCCCUGCAAGAUCUUGUUUGCAGGCGAGGCAACUAACAGAUCAGCUUAUGCAACAACCCAUGGUGCAUACAUAAGUGGAGUCCGUGAAGCAAAAAGGAUUUUAGAUUACAGGAACUUUAAAGGUGUGAAUUAGAAGUAGACUAAACUAACUAUUCUUUCCUUUUUCCCUGUACAUGUAGCCAUAGCGUGCCUUGUAAUAUUAGGGGGGAGCAUGGUACAGAAACAUUACGAAAACAUUGGGGGACACAGCCAUAUUAACAGAACAUUAUGAAAACGUUGGGAGGCAAAGCCCUUCUGGUCAUUUCCUUAUAUAUAUAUUUUUUAAAAUAUUGGGGGGGGGGGGGCACUUUCACCCACCCUCUCCCAUGACUCUUCGGUAACUAGUUAUAUGAAUUGUCUCUGGACAAAACAGCUAAAGGGGAGCCUUGUCUGCCCACCUUGGUGAUAAUCAUGAAAUUACAAAAUAUUGAUUAUUAAUAUAAUAAUAGCGAUAAUGUUAUUGAAAUAGGAUUUUGGAUUGCAGCAUUCAUAAUAGUUUUGAAUCAUGUAUUAUAUUAUCUAUGUUCAAGUUGGUAUUUUGUGAAUAACAAAAUAAUUAUAGAUCACUAUUUCAAAUAACAGCAGAUAUAAUAAUUAUAGUUAUUUAUGGGAUUGUUUAUAGCCAAAUCAUUUCUUGUUUGGGAAUAGUGCAUAGUCAAUCGACCAUCUAAUCCAAUCUAUGGCUUUCAUGUUUUCAAUGUUGUAUCAUAAACCAUUUGAUUGCACGGAGCAAGGGUGAUUGGUCACUGUGGUAUGAUUGUCUACGCGCUAUUCCCAGACGAAAAAUGGAUUUGAAUUUUCGUUGGUCGUGCAACAACAAAAUCAGCUAUAAUUAUUGUAAAUGUAAAGAAUUGCUUUUUUAAUUUAUCAUGAAUAAAAAAUCAUAUUAACACAAAAAAAA